CUGGGUCCUGCUGGCUCCUGCCCUGGGAGUGCCUGACUGCAGGGGUUAGGGCAUGAGGGCUGACUGCACUCUUACAACAAGAGCUCCAGAAUUACUAAAGCCCCAGAAAACUAACAUACAGCACUGUGCCAGCGCAGUCUCCCCGUUACUUGUCCUGGGACCUGAAUGAAGGCAAGAGACGUGUGUGUGCACCUGUGUGCAGGGAGUCAACACCUCACAGAUGGGAUCAGGAACCAGACUAUUCAGCUUCUUAAAGCUUUAUUCUGACAUCCACAGGAGGUUAGUGCAAGGAAGCUAAAACCGCAGAGUCGCAGAAUACUCUUGCCCUUUAGUCUGAGUUCAGAUCUGAGCAGCAGAGCCCUCAGCAUGCUGCAGCUUGUUAAGAUGUUUGGAUUCGGCAGUCAGCACUGCAACACAAUAAUCAAGCCAGGAAGAGACAGGAGCAGGCAUUAGUUCUUCUGUAUCCGAUCGGAAGAGUUGUGUGUGGAUCCACACGGAAUUACAAAGACGGGAAAAGACACCUUCACAGCACUGCAAACACGGGCUUCAGGGAUGCCUGCGGGGGGCGUGAUGUAGACUCUCCCCAUUAUGAGGGUGUCUUGUCUGGGCUCCCAUACCGGCCACAUCUGCAAGCAUCUGUGUUGCAGGUAAAAGCUAUGCUGGGAUCAGAUUCCAAGACCAGCAGAGAAACGAAAACCAGCCCCCUCUCCCUGUGAGCCUGCUCCUGGGGCGAAGCCUACGGAAUGAGUCCCCCUGCAGGCCUGCAGCCCCUGCUCUGUCUACUGUGCCUCCUGGCACGGGACACGGCAGGCUCUCCCCACUGCAUCCCACGGAAGAGCGUCCUCUACCACAAUGGAAAUAUAAAGCUGUUCAGAGAGGAGGGCAUCUCCAACUACACCACCAUGCUGCUGCGGGAGGACUUGGGCCUGCUGAUCGUCGGGGCCAGAGAGGCCAUCUACGCCCUGGAUAUGGGUGACAUCUUCCGCAAGAAGUCCAAUGUGACCUGGCAGGUUAUUUCAGAUAAGCAGAGAGAUUGCGUGAAUAAAGGAAAAGAUGCAGAGACAGAGUGUCGGAACUAUAUCCGGACACUCCACAAAAUUGAUGAUGACAACAUGUACGUGUGUGGCACAGACGCCUUCAGCCCCACCUGUGACGUCUUGGUUUAUAGGGAUGGAAAGCUGCAGCUGAAAAAUAAAAAGGAGGAGGGGAAGGGGAAGUGUCCCUUCGAUCCGUUCCAGCGAUACUCGUCUGUCAUGGUCGACGGAGACCUGUACUGCGCCACCGCCAUCAACUUCCUGGGCUCGGAGCCCGCGGUCCUGCGCAGCUCCCCCAGCGCCCUGAGGACCGAGUUCAAGAGCUCUUGGCUGAACGAGCCCAACUUCGUGUAUAUGGACGUGGUCCCGGAGAGCCGUGGGAACGCCGAGGGGGAUGAUGACAAGGUGUACCUGUUCUUCAGCGAGAGCGCGGUGGAAUACGAUUUCUUCAGCAAGCUCCCGGUGUCGCGCGUCGCCCGUGUCUGCAAGGGGGACCUGGGUGGCCAGCGCACCCUGCAGAAGAAGUGGACGUCCUUCCUGAAGGCGCGGCUGGACUGCUCCGCCCCUGGGCACAGCCUGCCCUUCGUCGUGCAGGACGUCUUCCUGCUGCACUCCGCCGACUGGAGAGAGAGCAUCUUCUACGCCGUCUUCGUCCCACAAUCGGGCCUGCUGGAUGUCUCGGCGGUGUGUGCGUACCGCGUGGCGGACGUCAGCCAGGUGUUCUCUCACGGGAAGUACAAGACGCCGGUCACCGUGGAGUCCUCCCACGUCAAGUGGGUGAUGUACAGCGGGGAGGUGCCUGUCCCUCGGCCCGGCGCUUGCAUCAACAACGCUACGCGGGCGAUGGGCAUGCAGCAGUCCCUCGACCUGCCGGACAAGACUCUGCAGUUCAUCCGCGACCGGCCGCUGAUGGACGACGCCGUGGCACCGCUGGGUGGGCAGCCACAGCUGGUGAAGAAGGGUGCCCAGCUCACCCGUAUCGCGGUGGACAGGGUGACCGUGCUGGACGGCCGGAGCUACCACGUCAUGUUCAUAGGCACAGUGAAUGGGUACCUGCAGAAAGCAGUGAAUUUCGAUGGCGAAAUGUUCAUCAUCGAGGAGGUGCAGCUCUUCCACCCACCUGAGCCCAUCAAGACGAUGCGGCUGUCGGCCCCAAAGGGGCAGCUGUACGUGGGCUCGGAGUCAGGUGUAGUCCAGGUUCCACUGUCAGUCUGCAGCCGCUAUGAGACGUGUCUCGACUGCGUCCUCGCCCGAGACCCCUACUGCGCCUGGGACCUGCGCACUGCGCUCUGUACCGCCAUCCCGCGCUCUGCCACUGCCAGCCACACGGACCUAAUCCAGAGCGUCAGAGAUGGAGACGCCUCUCGAUGCCCAAAGUCGGGAACGGUCAGACUAGAAAACUGCACGCUGAUUCCCGGGAACAACAUCAAGCUCCAGUGCCAGCCCGGGUCCAACCUGGCGGAGGUCAAGUGGCGCUUCCAGGACCGACUCAUCCCCAACUCCGACAGCAAGUACUACAUCUACAGUGACGGCAUGCUGAUCUUCAACGCCUCGGCCGCGGACGCCGGCGACUACACCUGCCAGUCCGUGGAGCAGGUCAAUGGCCGCCAGUACCCGCUCACCAUGGCCGUGUACAAGCUGCUGCCGCGGCGGGACACCGAUGAGCUCAGCCCUCUCACCACACCUGCGGGGAGCUACCUGCCCAGAGACACCAGCAUCUUGAACAACAGCCAGUCUGCGUCCCAGGACCCCAAGCUCCCCCUCCCGCGCGUGAGGGAGCAGACCCUGGUGGCCCUGCAGGUCGCCGUGGCCCUGCUGACCACCCUGCUGGCUGCCCUGCUGAUGUGGAACCUGUACAGAGGCCACAUCUCCAUGCAGUGCUGCAAGGGAGCGGCGCAGGGGCGAGCCAAGAGCUCCCUGAGGCCCAGACAGCUGUCAGGCGGCCAGGUGGAUUCCACAGCACACCAGGUGCCCUUCACACCCAAGGGGCUCCCCGAGGCCACGUCCCUGGUCCAGGGCUACAACGAUAACACCAACAACAACCGCGGCCGGACUGCUGUCGCCACGAACGGAGCCUCCACCCGUCCGCCCACUGUGCUCCUCUCUCCCCUGGACGACCUGAAGUUCAUCGAUGACGAGUCUGAAAUCUGACAGAGCAGACAGACAGAGUCCUUACUUCUCAAUGUGCUGUUUUAGAAAUGGAGGCAGCUGAUUUUUUUAAAACGUUUAUUUUUUAUGCGUGUACAGCCUUUACAGGCCUAUCACUGAGCAGCAGUGACAUCCAGCUCUCGUUGCCUUGCUGUGCAAAGGGUAGGUGAACUCCGCUCUGUUUCACUGGUCACUAGGCCACUUUCAGACAAAUCAUUUUCGAUUAGCAAGGCAGAAGAGGCUGCAAUACAGUAAAAGGUGACUCGUGCAGUUAGAGAGAGUGUGUCAGGACAGAGCAGUUGCCAGCUGCUGGGGCUGGAAAUCACUCUGUAGGCCAACGGAGGCCGAACCUGCUCUGGACUGGUGCACAGCGGUGACCCAUCCCUGCUAUCUGUAGCUGCAGGCUCUCAUAAAGAAGCUGACAAACUGAUUUCCUCUGUGGAUUAACUGAUAUAACCAGAUGUAAAGUGAAAAAAUAAUCUUUUCUUCAUUGUUACUCUGGCGUGUUCUAGUAGAAGGUAAAGCCAGGAGCAGAUCAGGCUCCUGCCCUGUGGAAGUUUGGUCUGUGUCCUUCAGUCCAGACGGACUGAAAGCAUUUAAAGUUAUAUUGUACUUUGCAAGUUUACAGUGCUAUAAAAAAUGUAUUUAUUAAGGUCCCUUUGCAAGCUUCAGAGUUUGAAAUGUUUUUACGGUUUCUGUGAAUAGUUCACUUAUUGCUACAGUGGGGCUGUGGCUCACUGCGGAGGGCAGCUCCGGAGCCCCUCUCUGGCCAGGGCAGGUGCCGUGUCUCUUAGUGAGCGGAGUGGUAAGCACACAGACUCCAGAGGGGCAGCAAGGGCUGGGCCCCUCUCUAUACCCGGGCGGUCCAGAGAACUUCACAAAGAGUGCUGAACAACAGUAUUAUAAAAUGAGGACAGCAAGUCGACUUGUUUUUUUCUGGUUUCAGAAAGAUUUUUUGAUUCCAGUAUUACAUUAUUUUUUUAAAAUAUUUUUCUGAGUCCAUUUUUUUUUAUAAUUCAUACCUGCUUAACUCUCCUCACAGUGUGACAAUUAGUCUGAUUUGCUACACUGCAUGUAUUGUUUCAAUACUUUUCUGCCAGAGUAUCAAUUCUUUUACAAGGGUCACGGGGUUUAAAGAAUGUAUACUCAGAUUCCUGAUGUCCUUUUAAACAUUAGUUUAUGAUUCGCUGUAGAUCAGUUAUUUUUCUUUUGUUACUCAUUAAUAAACAUUCAAGACUGUAACAGA